AUGGGUAUUGGUAUUACUAAAAUUACCUCUGGAAUACGUUCACAUUCUGAGUUACUUAUUGCUGAUGGAUUAUAUUCAAUAGCUGAAGGUAUUGCAUUAAUUGGUGUACUUUUCGCUUUACACUACUCGGAAAAAGAAGCGAGACAGAAAAAUAAUACAUUUGAAUGGACCCGCCUUGAAUUAUUAGCCGGCUUGUUGCAAGAAGUUUUGCUUCUCUCCAUAUCAAUAAGUAUAAUUGUUGAUGCUAUAAACAAGUUAACUAGUCCAAAUCGUAUUCAAGAUCCAUUCUCCAUGAUAGUUCUAGGAUCGGUAAGUGCUACCAUUGGCAUAUUAGGAAUGUUUAUGUUUCGAGGUUAUGAUCAUGUUCAUAAUACAAAACGUGAAAUAAUAGAGCGAAGGAAAACUGAUUUUAUCUACAGUGUUCGUGAUCGAUUAAACACUAUUGAGACUAGUCGUCAUUGCCACUCAAUUAGUGAAACAAUUGUAAAUACGCUUAUUGUACCUGAUGAAAAUCUUUCAGUGAUUAGCAAAAGUGACAAUUUCAAUCUUUCUUCUUCAUAUGUUGUUCAAACUAAUUAUUUGAAUGAUGGUGAUGAAUUUGAAGAGUCAAGAAUCUACGCAACAUUUCAUGCACUAAACUAUUCUGUUGAAUCGUUAAUUGUAUUAUUAUCUGGAUUAUUGAACAAAUUUGUUCCAAAUCAUGACCAUUUUGGAAGAAAAAUUAAUUUGUGGUUGAAAUAUCUUGAUCUAUCCCUCACGUUACUUAUGGUCGUCAUUAUUGUUACUAGAGGUGUUCCCGUUGUUUGGUCAUUGAGUCGUAUUAUGACUGAAGCCGUUCCAGAUGGAAUAAAUACGGAUAAAUUGAUACAAACGAUUUUACACGAUAUACCUGAAAUUAAAGCUUUACAUAAUCUUCAUGUUUGGAGACAAACGAGUUCACCGCCGAACCGCACAGUGCAUGCACGGAAAAUAUUGGGCGUCGAAUACAAAACAUUUUUUGGAUCACAUUAUAUUCGACAUUUUACAUUACAGUUUGAAUAUGUUAGUAAUAAGAGCGAUAUAAAUGAAUGUGUUUAUGGUGUAAGAGGUCGAAAAACUGGACACGAAUCAUCGGCGAAUAGCGCGAAAAAGGAAAGAAAAGAUACUGUAUUACCAAAAUUUCUCGUUGAAACAUUAUAG